AACCAAAAUAAAUGGAGCUCGUAUCUCGAGCCCUCCAAAAUUUGAAUUGCAAAGAAACCCUACGAACUAUCCCAUCGCUUUCACUUCCCUUUUCUUUCUCUGUAUGCAGUCUUUCCCAUUACCCCUUAUCUGAGGUUCUACAUUUCACGUUUUCCCCAGCCAUAAAUCUCAGAAAACCCUCAACCCUUCAUCGUCCAUCCCUUCUUCUACCACCAAAAAUACUAGAGAUAUUGUAUUGAAAAAGAAAAAAGGAGAAAAAAAUCAAUGGCUAAGAAGAAAAUGUCGCAUUCCCACCAGGAUAAACCGGUGCAGAAGCAAGAGGAUAUUGUGAAAGCCCAUCAAGAGGCCGCGCCAGCCGUGGAUUCUGAGGCUUCGGGGCAGCUGGAAAAUCUCAAAACUCUGAAUCAGUAUCUUCUGAAGCAGGCAGUUGAGUACCGCCAGCAGAUGGAGUCGCUCCUUCAGUCAAAUGGGUCCUUGGAAAUGGAGCUAGCUCGGUCGAACUCGGAGAGAGAUGCGUUGAAGUCCGAUUUGGGUGAGUUGGGUGAGAGGGCUACGAUGUUGGAACUUGAGAGGAGUGUGGUGGUCGCUUUUGUUGCUGCGCAGGUGGGUCUGAAGAGAGAGGUGAUUGAGCAGGAAAUGAAGGGUUCGGCGAUGAAAGUGAGAGAGUUGAAGAGAGUGAUUGAUGAAAAGGAGGGUGAGAUUGGGAGGUUGAAUGGGAGACUGAGAAAGAUUGAAGGUGCGUUGGGAGAUGAGAAGGAGGUUUCGAGGAGAGUCUGCAUGGAGAGGGAUGAAUUGAAGGCUAAGCUGGAUUUGCAAAUUGAGGAGGGUAAAGGUUUGGGCCCCAAGUUGAUUGAAUUGGCGGAGAGAAAAGUGGAGCUCGAACGAGAGAUUGGAGAACUACAGGUUGCAUACAAUGGUGUUUUCAGAGAAAAGGAGGAGAAGGAGAUGAGAAUUGAGGCGAUAAUGAGGGAGAAAAGUUCGGUAGAGAGAAGUUUAGCUGAGUCCAAUAAGUUGAUAGAGGAAGUGAAGGAAGAACUUCGAGGAGUUCUUGUGGGGAUUGAAGAGGCAAAAAAUGUGGAAAUGGUUAAAAGACAAGAAUUGGAGAAUGCUGUGCGUGGACUCAAUGAGAUGGUGAUCAAUCUGCAAAAGGAGGAGGAAAAACUGCGUGUGAAUGUGGCGGAGUUGGAGAAGAAGUGCGUCGAAGGGGAUGAGAGGCAGAAGGAGAUGGUGAGGGAGAUUGAUCAAUUGGUGGAAGAAAGGAAGGCAACUGAGAAGAACAUUCAGGGGUUGAUUGAUGAGAAAGCCAUGAUUGAGAAGGAUUUCGAAGAGGCGUUGCAGCAAUUAGCUGAGCGGAAGCACAAAAUAGAAGAAAUGCUAAAUGAGAAGAUUAUCAUGCUGGAGUCUAAAGAUAAACUGGAAACUGAAGUUGGUGAAUUGCAGAACCAAGUAGCUGAACUCAAGGCUGUUGUUUUGAAAUUGGAGGAAUCAAACUCGGUUGAAGCAGAGAAGAUCAAGAGUUUAGAAUCUGAAGUUGGGGACUAUAGAUGCAAGCUUGAGCAGGUUAAAGUUGAGAGAGAUGAAAUGGGAAUUUGUCUUGAUAAAGAGAAGCAUAAUGUUGUGCAAUUGAACGAAAAGAUUGGAGAGUUGGAGAAUAAGAUUGAGGAAAGCCUCACGGCUGUUGCGGAAAUGAAGGCUGACAAUGCUGCAAUAUUUGCUGAGAAGGUAGAGCUAGAAAACCAGUGUGAAUUGCUGAAAAAGAAAAUUAUUUCUUUGGAGGAUACAAUAACUGAGGCACAAAACGAGUUUGAUUCCAUGAAGGGUAAAUUUGAAUUGGCUGGUGCUAACUCUGAGCUAGUGCUGAAUAUGUUGAAGGGCACAGCCGGCUUUUGCUCAAGGGAUGAAACUGAUGUGGGGGAAGGUGAUUUACUCAGUGGUAAUCAGAUUAACGGUGAAGAAACAAAGCCAUAUGUGAUUGAAUUGGAAGCGAUAAAGAAUGCUUUCAAGAGAAAAGAGACCAAAGUCGAGAACAUGAAGAGGCAACUGCAGUUGCUGCAGACUUCCAUGGAAGAAGCACACAAGAAGAAGAGCUUGUGGACCCUGUUGUCCUCAGCAACAACUCUCCUGGCUGCAAUAUCUCUUGCCUAUGCUGCUCGUGCUCAUUGACGCCACGUUUCAUUUGAUUCACGUUGCAUGGGGUGUCUUGAGAGAAUUGAAGAAGUCUUUGAACAAGUUUUGGUGCUAACUACAGAUGCAAUGAUGCAUAGUCUAGUUACAUGUUUCCUUUCUGUAAUAAACAACUCUUGAUGGCUGAUGCUGACAUCGAACCUUACUCAAGUAGAUGAGUAACAACUCUUUGCUUUCAUCUGCUUGUAUGCAGGUUUUUAACGCAUUAUCUCUGCUGUCUUUCGUUUAUGUUCUUCUUUUCACGAUUUGGCUAAUUCACAGCAAUGGCACUUUCGUCUGACUGAACAGUGUGUGCUGUUUGAUUGAACUA